GCGAUAUUCCGCCAACACAAACCCCGUCUGGCGGUGCGGCGCGCGUCUCCUCCUUCCCGCUUUGUGCGUCUUCAGUGCCUGUACAUCGAGACGGUAGUACAGUACUUUGUCACGCACUCUCAUCACAAGAGGAUAAUUCGCUCGUGUGUGCACGCCGAGACACGCGUCUAGACUCUCUACGUGCGUGCGCUUUGGAUUUUCACGCGAUUAUUUUUUUUGCCAUCGUAAUUUAGAUAACAUUCAUUCCGCUGCAAUAGCAUAUCGUAUAAGGGGCAUAUAUAUAUGCGUUAAAAUACAUAUAUUUACUGAGCUAGAUUCCUAUUCAGGUUGUUGCUUUCGAGUGAGAGAGUCUGCUGCUGCUUCUGUCUGAGAUAUCAGAGGUGACGGCGGUGGAGGAGUUCGAAGGUUUUGGGUGAGACCAGGAUGGAGUCUUAUUUGCCAGAGCCAUCUGGGGUACUGGUCUGCCAGCAGGGGCCGAUGAUUAGUGGCCCCUAGCAGGGGACAUGGGGCAAUUGAAGGGCCCUGGCAGCAUGACGGGGGAAACGCUGCACCUGUCGGGGGAGCUGCGCGUGCCAGCCGGCGCUGCUCUCCCGUGCAAGGACGCCGUCUUCCCUCCGCCGACCCCGGCUUCUCCGGCCAUCGGAGGGGCCGCCGCCAUCGUCGCCGCCGAUGACGACGACGCCGGUGGCGGCGGGAACGCGGCGGUGGUGGUGGCGUCGCCUCGGCGGAGCGGGGGGCCUUCCCCAUGGCGGAGUGGGGGGCUGCCCUCCUCGGCCGGGCUGCACCCCCUGCACCACGCGUGCUUCCACGGGGACGCACGGCGCGCCCUCGCCGUGCUGGCCGCAAACCCAGCAGCACUCACUCAGAGGGACCCACACGGAAACACUGCCCUGCACGUCGCCGUGAUGCUGGGCAAUCGAGACUGCACCAGGGUUCUGCUGGCUCACAACGCUCCGGUCAAGUCCCGGAACGCACAGGGAUGGAGUCCCCUGGCCGAGGCCGUGAGCCUGGGACAUCGGCAAACGAUCGCAUCGCUCGUGAGGAAGUACAAGCUGCAGUCGCGGGAGAGCGCAGAAAUCCGCAGGCCUCGCCUCCUCAAGGCCAUGCAGGAACUCGGAGACUUUUACCUGGAGGUUCACUGGGACUUCCAGAGCUGGGUGCCGCUCGUGUCCCGAAUGCUGCCGUCGGAUACUUGCAAGGUCUACAAGCACGGAAGCAACAUAAGGAUGGACACGACGCUGAUCGAUUUCAGCGACAUGAAGUGGCAGCGGGGUGACCUCAGCAUCCUGUUCGGUGGAGAGACGACGUCGAGCCAAGCGUUCACCGUGCUCGACAACAGCAGUCGCGUGUACCAGCGCAUCCAGUACAAGGACGCUGAGGUGGACACGGAGGAGGAGGUGGAUGCUCUGAUGAGUCGCGACAUCGUGUCCAUCACAAUGUCCACCAAGAACAUCAGCUUCCACCGUGCUCACUCUGGCUGGCUCUUCUCCAAAGGAAAAACGGAGCGAGUGGGGGAUUUUGUAGGGGAGCUCUUCUCCAUCUCCGGGCUGUGUCUUGUGUCGAGGAAGCGCCGUGAGCAUCUCACGGAGAGCGACGUGCAGCGCAACAAGGCCCUGCUCGACAGCCUACGGCAGGGGGGGGCGCCCCCCCACCCCCCCGCCCUGCCCAGCAAACGGGACUCUUUGGCCCCGCCUCCAAGCUGCACCGUCCAAUGGGAAGACUACAUCGCAGCGGAGCCUGGAAGACCUCCGGUUCUUGCUCGGCGUCCCAUUUGCAAGGAGACCAAGAAGCAUUUCCGCGCCACAGUGGCGAUGUGUCCCGACUUCCCCGUCAACCUCCACCUGCUGCUCAAUGUGCUGGAGGCCGUGGCUCCAUUCAAACAUUUCAGCAAACUGCGACAGUUCGUGGAGAUGAGACUUCCCCCUGGCUUCCCCGUCAAACUGGACGUGCCGGUGUUCCCCACCGUGAGCGCCACCGUAACGUUCCGCGAGUUCCGCGCCCAGGACUCCUUCCCGCCGGAGCUCUUCCUCGUGCCGCACGGAUACACCGAGGAUCCGGCACACUUCCCCGACCUCUGAGAGCAACAGCUCCACUCCGUCCCACCCUCCAAUCCUCCAUCCCUCCCCCUUUCCCUCCCUCCCUCUCUCCCUCCAUCCCACCCUUCAUCCCACCAUUCCUCUGCACAUCACUGGCUCUCCUGUCUCCUGUCCAUCUCCUCUCUCUCCCCUCUCUCUUGUCUCUUUCUCCAGUCUCCUAUCUGUCUCACCCCCCUGCCCGCCACUGCCCUCUGCUGCCUUGCCACUGCCCUCUGACGCCUGCCACGUUGCCCGUCAUCAUGACACAAACACAUUUCCCAAAAUGAGAGAGACAUUUCCCAAAACCCUCGUUAAAAUUACACGAAAAAUUAAGCGAACAAAGUACGCCGAUUUCCCAUAUCCGUCCCUCCACGUUACAAAAGUUACAGGUAAUUAAGUAUAUUAUUUACGUGUCCCAGAAGGCCAUUAUUUCACCAACAUUGUUUUGGGGAUCGACAACUCUGGGUGGCCUUCCUCCUCAUCCUGAACCUGCGACCCCCUCUCCCUGUCACACGAGUCGAUAUCGCCAGACGUUGGGCAUCCAACAUUUCGCUCCAUGUGCCCCAGGGUGCUUUCGUCAGGAGCGGCAAUGUGACAACGUCCGGCACGUGGAGUGAAAUUGUCGGGCGUCGCGCCGAACGCUUCGAUAGCGCAGCGCGACCGCAGCGCUACCGAAGCACAACCCCAACACAUACCAUAGUCUAACCGCAGCACAACCCCAACACAUACCGCAGCACUACCGCAACACGACCAAUGUCUAACCGCAGCACGACUGCAACACUACCAUAGCGCUACCGCAACACUACCAUAGCGCUACCGCAGCACUACCGAAACACUGCCACAACACUACUAUAGUCUUAACCGCAGCACGUCCGCAACACUACCAUAGCGCUACCGCAGCACUACCGAAGCACUGCCACAACACUACUAAUGUCUAACCGCAGCACGACCGCAACACUACCAUAGCGCUACCGCAGCACUACCGAAACACUGCCACAACACUACCAUAGUCUAACCGCAACACGACCGCAACACUACCAUAGCGUUACCGCAGCACGACCGCAACACUACCAUAGCGCUACCGCAGCACUACCGAAGCACUGCCACAACACUACCGUAGCGCUACCCCAGCACUACCGAAGCACUGCCACAACACUACCGUAGCGCUACCCCAGCACGACCACAACACUACCAUAGCGCUACCGCAGCACGACCGCAACACUACCGAAGCACUGCCACAACACUACCAUAGCGCUACCGCAGCACGACCGCAACACUACCGCAGUGCGACCGCGAACGCCCACGCGGUGUUUCCUGUCUUCCCAACGUCUCUCCCCUGUCUCUCUUUGCCUCGCCUAACCCAGAAUGGGAGGGGGGCUUUCCUCUCCGACUGAGAGAUGAAUCUCCUCAUUGCGCUGAAACGUACGCAACGCGCUGUGUCUCUGUGUUUGUGUCGCGGCCCCCGAGCGCGUGAACACAUUUGUGCGUGAACCCCUUCGCGUUGUUCAGAGAUAACGAGAGGUGUCGCUUUCUGCGCGUCGACCGAGCCGAGAGGCCCUCGCAGAGACAGAAGCGAGGAAAUUAGAAACACGUUGGCAUUGCCGGGUAGAAAAUAUCCGCCCUCCCCCCCCCCAAGUACUCAAUGAGUGCUGCUCAGGCUGAUGGACAUUGGUGUUUGCGGGCCAUUUCCAAGUGGUAGGCCUCUUGUUGCCGUGGGCCAUGUGAAGUCACGGGCCGUGUGAAGUGAAAUCAUGGGCCGUGUGAAGUGAAGUCACGGGCCACGUGAAGUGAAGUUACGGGCCGUAUGAAAAUAUACGGUAAUGCUAAUGGAGCGAAUGGGCCAGGGCAAAUGGGACAGAAAUAUAGUGAGAAAAAUUUAGAUGGAUGAUAAAAAGAAGACGGUUCAAACGAGUUGGACAACCCCAGUGGACAUGACUAACGAGAUGUAGACAUUCCAAACAAGUCGGUACAGAUGAGAUGGACGAUACAGAUGAGACGCACUUACUGAGACAGACUGUCUCGUUAAGGAUUGGGGGGGGGGGAGGUUGAGUUGCGUGCCCCCACACCAGCAUUUAAUGACGAAGAGUGUCCGACAAAAUGUGUAUGACUGCUGUAGCCGACUCGACUAAGAGAAAUGAGUAAACACGAACUUCCGCUGAGCCUCGACUAGAACUCCACAGGCCGCAAGGGCCGUCGACAGUGAGACGACGACUCGAUUGCCAUCGCCCGACCCAACUGUGCGAGUCUGGAGAAUUAACCAAAUUAUUCGGUGCUGCUGUUGCAUUGGCAGUGAUGCACAAGCACAAAAACAAAUGCAGCUCGACACACUCGUUUAGAACAACAAUAUGUGUGUGUGUUGCCUUUCGAAAGGGAGAGAAUAUAAUUAGGUGAUGUUUUGGGCAAUGGUUCCUUCGUCACAGCGUCACAGCACGUGGAGAGAGAGGCGAAAGUGUGUGUGUCGAGUGGUUUGUGUCAUUUGCGAAAGGGUGAGGUCUGGGAAUCCUGACGCGUGACAUUUCAAUCGUUGUGCUAGAAAAACAGUAAUCCCAAUAACAGCUGCGAAUUAGUGUAAUGCAAAUAGUAAAUAUGAUUCAUUUAUUUUGGGGGCUAGAUCAUCAUGUACGUGUAAUGUAAUUUUUCUAACAACCCUCCACCACCCGACCGGCAAGGCCAAUCAAAUCAAGUUUGUGACGCCGUUGGCAAAAAAUAUCGGUCGUUAUCAAAUGUUUUACGAAAGGCGUUUGGGAGAAGACGUUUACUUUCUUAGAGCGGUUUUAACAAAUUACAAUUAUUAUUCCAAGCGGUAUCUUUUAAACGAAAUUACGUUUAGAUACGACCCAAACUUUUAUUUUUUAAAAUAAUUUAACGGAAGACAAAAAACAAGUGGUGUCACCCGUCGAACAAUCAUCCGGGACCAGCAAAAUUAACUUUAGCGUGUGCAGCAUGGUGCUGAGUGUAUUCUGGUGAUGCGAUGACCACAUUCCAGCGAGAGGUGUUACCGGCGGUAACUCAAUAACCCACAUGCACGCUUUAAAGAUAUCCCACGCGGAGGUUUAUUGGAACGCCUUGCAAAUCGAUUUCAUUCAUUAUCGAUUUUGUUGGGGUCAGAUCGCCGCGUGAGCAAGAUCCCAAUGUGUCAUCCACAACAUCAAUAAAGUUGUGACGUGAACAAACGCACUAUCUUAUUAUUGUGCCGGCAAAAACGGCAAGUUGGUGAGCGAUCAAUGCACAUUUAAUUCUGAGGUACGGACGUUUUGCUGGUAGUUGCAAACAGCAUCAUCAGGUGAUCGCAUUUGUGAUGACAUCACAAUUGCGAUGAUGUCACAAUGGUGACGACAUCACACUGCCGAAGGCUCAAAACUGGAGGAGAUUUUUUCACGAUUCUGGCUACCAAUGCAUGAUGGUGCUUGUAAUUACCCAGAGAGAUGUCGCACCACAUUGUGAUGUGCGCGUGGAUCCCCCGACGGCACACGGCCGUGCUGAAGCAUUAACAAAUCAGUGCUCAUGUUCACGUGGAGAAGGGGUGGACGACACAACAUUGGCAUUCUACUCGCGCGACGAUCUGACCCCCCAACAAACUGUCGGCCACAAGUGCCUGCAAGCGUUGAAAUUCUAUAUUGCUGUCAUCCUGUAAUCAUCUCCAAAGGUGUCCGUAAGACAAACUUGACAAUUCGAUCAUUCUGCCGACUCUCAAGCAACAACCGCUACUGUCAACCGGACACUUUGCGAUAUUGUGGGUUAUCGAGUUUUUAUUUAUUUAAGUUAUUUACCGUGACACAAUGUUUCAGCACGUAGGGAACAGUGAGGAGUGCUCGAUGUACACCCAGUAGCGGUGUAACGAGCGUGGGCCAGGCAGGGGUGCCUUGCUCCCCCCCCCCCCCCCCCCCGGUGCCCAAAGCUUCGAGUUGGGGCCCCCUUGACAACCACCAUGAGGUUUGUUUUCAGCAGUGUUGGGGCCCCACCUGAUCGAUUGCCGCACCCUUCGGGCUAAUUGUGUAGUUACGACGCCACUGCGUACACCAGAUGUGAUGAACCGCUCGCUAGAACAUAGACAACGCCCCGAGUGAUGUAGCAGCGUAGCUCGCGAUGCUCCGACCUGCCCUCGGGUUGUACAGGCGUGUGCUGUUCGGCACGAUGUCCGAUGUUUCGCUACACGUGGCUGGGAGUCAGCUUCUUCCGAAGUUGACUCCCCAGCACUCGAGCGGAACGUGAUGUCCGACGUUUCGCUCCACAUGGUUGGGAGCUUCUUAAGUUCAAGUUUCUGAAAAAGCUCCCGGAAUGUGCAACAGAACGCCGGACGUCGUGCCCGUACCGCGUGUUUGUUUGGCAGUUCGGUUUCUAAAGCAGCUCCAGGCAUGGUGAUCGAAACGUCGGACAUCGUGCUGAGGGACACGAAGUGGCAUGACCCGAUAGCACAAUGCGGAGCCACGCGGCACAGCCAUGAACACCUCCGCAGUCGUGGCACCUGCUUUAACUUUGCGCAUGGUUAUAAGAUUAAUCAUAUAUAAUAUUACGAUACGGUAAUGAUCGAGCAUGCGUGCCUUAUAGUGGCAAUAGAUACGUGAACAAAUAUUUAAAAUUGAACUUAAAAAAAUGUUACAAUGUGAAGGCUUAUUAUAAUUGUACACUUGUGUGAAAUUGAAUUCGGCUUACAGAAGACGUGCGUGUUGAGAUUUGUAUAGAUGUGGGGGUGGGGGUCUAUCGGAAAAAUGCGCAGCCUGAUUUGAAGCAUGAAGAUCCCUUGUAGGGUGUGGAGGGGCAGCACAAUUGGUCUAUCAUCAUCAUUGAUUCCCCAAGGAUUUCAGAAUAUUAUUUUCAGAAUAUUUAUACUGGAGGAAUGCGAUGAGCUAUAAAGCUCUUUUUCACAAAUAUCUAGAAGGGUUGGGUUAUACCGUUACAACAAACCAUUAAAACACACGAUCGGAGUGCAAAGUAUAGGAAAAGUCACUUUAAAAAUAUAUAUACGAAUAAAACUAAACUUUUUUUUUAUAUCUUACCAGAUAAAACCCACUGAGCUAUGAGGUUAUUUUUCAGAAGCGACCUGGCCACAAAUGAUAGCUCGCCCAUGAGAAAUGGCUGUCUCCCUUCUUCGCUCAAUGAGAGAAUCACUCCCUGCGCAGACACGUGGGUGGCACGGGAAGCCAGGCUUGGCGAGCGUGCCCCGACCGAGUCUGGGCACUCAGGGAGAAGACACUGGGGGGGGGGGGGGGUACUGAGGGUUGCUGAUGAGUCAUCAUUUGGAUGAAACUGGUCCACAGUUGUCUUAACACUUAAUCACUGGCCGCCUGUCAGUCGGUCAAAUUUGUCAAAUUGUAUUGUGAUGGUGACAAUGCAGUUCUGCAGGACCUGCUCAAUGGUUUUAUUUGCAUAAGGCACACACAUGGCUGGGUGUGCUUUUUACUCGUUUCUGUGCUCUGCACUUUGCGCAUCCUAUUAGCGGUACAUUUAUUAUCCACCGCAACGCUACCCAUUCUAUUAUCUGCACAUUAAUUAACCCUUGCAACGCCACACAUCCCAUUGGCGGCACAUUAAUCCUUGCAACGCCACCCUUCCUAUUAUAUGCACAAUAAUUAACCAUCGUAAUGCCACGCCUGCUCUAUCAGGCCACGAAUUUUUCCGAUCGUCCUUUGUAAGUUAUGUAUUUACUGUAUAUGCACAUGGGGGGGAUGUUACAAAUUAUGUCAGCAAGAACACGUGUUUAAAAUAUAUAUGAACAAAAUGAGCUUGUAAAUUUAAUUUAAUUUACCCUGAAAUUAAAUGGCCUCGGAUGUGUA